AGUUUACAGAGAAGCACCUACCGCCAUUAAAUAGAAGAAGUAGACAGCUGUCGGCUAACUCUAAAGUAGAUGACAUUAAGAAACUGUUCAAAUAUAAUAUACAAACCAAGUCUCGCAGAGUAAUGUUUUUGGUUUGGAGGCUGUUACACCUUUCUGCAACGAUUGGCUGACUAAGUAAAGGAAGCAAUGAACUUCCAGAGCAGUCGGAGGAGAGGGGAGGAUGGCGUCGCCGUGGUGAUUGACUUCCUGCUGUCUAACGCUCGGCUGGUUCUGGGAGUCGGAGGAGCUGCUCUGCUGGGCAUCGCUACACUGGCAGUGAAACGGCUGAUAGAGCGAGCAGGCCGGGCGGCAGAAGAUGAAAAGGUGGAGCAGAAGAUGGCAGAGAGCUGGGAGGAGUUGAGUCUAGUCUCUGCUUCUCCAACACUCAUCAGGAAGGGCUUAGAGGGCGUUGUGAUGAAGCGUGUCACCAAGGCAACCAGGCAGCAGAAAGCUGACCUCUGCCGUAUGCCCGACCUGUCUUCUCCUGAGGUGCAGCCCAAACCUGAGACCAAGAGACUCCAGCUGUGUGUGCUCACCUUGCAGGAGCGUCUGCAGCAGUACUACAGCUCUAGGGCAGCACUUGCUCUCCCUGAAGUCCAGCGAGCUCAGGCUCUGGCUCUGGAUAUCUGCACAGAGAUCCAGGGUUUCCUUCAUAGCCGUCAUCCCGAUAUGCCUUUGGGAGAAAUGAGCCUUGGAGGUUCUCUACUGGACGACUUGCAGGUGGUCAGUGCAGACCAUGCAUGUUUGCUGGUGCCGCUGCAGCUGGAAGCUUCCCUGUGGCGCCUCAUCCCAGGAGAGGAAACACUCCUCACACACCCUCUGCACUGGAUGGUGCGGCGAGUCAAUCUGGAAUAUUUUCCCAGAGGCCGCAGCUACUGGGACAGGUAUCUUGUGGGUGGAUACCUGUCAGCAGAAGCUGUUGUGAGCAUGUUCACCAAGGCGGUGAUGGAAACGGUGAACUGGCUGUCUAUCAGCAGCACUUUGGACUGUCUGGUCAGACCUGUGCUGGGAGGACCAGACCUGAGACUGGAGAUCAGGCCUGAAAGUGGAAAAGAAGGAAUGGAUAUGAGUGAUCAGCCUCUGUUUGUCUCCAUGUUGCCCGUCCUGAGGGAAGGAGAUGCAGUCCUGACAGCUCAGCCAGAGCUCACCUCUCCCUGGGUGAACGCCUGGCGUCUCUCUCUUUACCCCUGGGAGACUCAGCGUCUGGCUCAGCUCGACAUGGCGGACAGCGGCUGCCGCAGACAUACACUGAAGAUCCUGAAGGCGGUGUGCAGACUGAGUCCGGCCCUGCGACCGCUUGAGGCCGCCCCGCUGGCAAACCUCAUUCUGCACCUCAGCGACAGUGAGAGUGACUGGUCUGAGAGCAGCCUGGAUGUCAGAUUCCAGCAGUGUAUCACUGAGCUGAUUAGCCACCUUGAGCAAGGUGCGCUACACAGUUACUUCAAACCUGCCGUCAAUCUGCUGAGCAGCUUGUCAGAGGAUCAGGUGGACCAGAUGGGCUUCAUGCUGUACUGCGCCGUGUCAGACCCAGAAAUUCUGCUCAUCUAACUCCGUGCACAUCCACAUUCCACCAGCUACGGAGACACAAAGGACAGGAGAGCAGCUGCAGUGAGAUGUCGGACAACAUGAAGUGAUGUGUGCACAGCAAAAAGUCUGAUAAUUAAUCAAACAGAACAAGUUGCAACAAAGAAGACAUGUGCCAAGGAAAUGGUUAAGGAGGUGUUAAUAAAAGCACUUCAGGAUGUGCUUAGGCUGCUGUAUUUCAUUUAGUUUGAUUGUGUUUAAGUUGAAUGAUGUUCUUGUGUUUUUUUUGUCUUUUAAAAGUGUGUCUUCUGUUGAUUUCAAUAUUUUUAAAUCUUCCUAUGCAGAACGACAAAAACAAACCUCUGAAAAACACUGAUUUAUUGAACUUAUGUCAUUUGAUCAUAAUCAUUGUUUCGUUUAUUAAGCAGGGAGUUAGAUUUCUUUCUUUUUUUCUUUUCUUUUGAAUAUUUGCAUGUCUAUUUUGGGGAAAUUAAGCUUGUAAGUAAUAACUGAUAAUUAGUUGCAUUUAGUUUUAAAUGCAGUGUUAAUGUCGUGUGUGUGUGUGUGUGUGUGUGUGUGUGUGUGUGUGUGUGUGUGUGUGUGUGUGUGUGUGUGUGUGUGUGUGUGUGUGUGUGUGUGUGUGUGUGUGUGUGUGUGUGUGUGUGUGUGUGUGUGUGUGUGUGUGUGUGUGUGUGUGUGUGUGUGUGUGUGUGUGUGUGUGUGUGUGUGUGUGUGUGUGUGUGUGUGUGUGUGUGUGUGUGUGUGUGUUGGAACACAAAUCAAAUGACUGCUUCUGAUUUGAGGAUCAGCAACUUUAAAAAGUAUUUUUUUGUUUCGGUAACCAUCAGGAACAGAUGGAUUCAGAUGAUAUUUUGUUAAAUUUCUUUUUAUUAUGAUUAUUUAUGAUGGAGAAAUCAUAAGUCUCCGCAUCCUAAACAAAAAAUGGUUUUAAAGUUUUGAAUUACAGAUUUCAGAUCAAAUCUGACCUGUGCACUGCUGCGGAAAAGAUAUUUUCGGAAGAUUUUUGACAAACAACUGCAGCAGAUGAGCAAACUUUCAAUCCUCUGUAAUCCUCUGGUCAGCUGUUGACAAAUCUGGUAAACAAAUUCUCUUUUCAGUCAGAUUUCUUGUUCAUUGUUUCCAAUCCUUAUGCUGUUGAGCUGAUCCAGUCAGAUAUCCAUCUACAAUGUGUCAAAGGAACCCCACUAAUAAUAAAACAACUUUUGAAAGAAAAUAAAUGUAUUUAAACUUUUAAACUAGUUUUAUCUUGGGACUUUAAGUAAUGCAUAUGCUGCAUUUCUAUACUCUUUAAGAACAUCUUUGUAUUUUUCCUGACGUUGCUGCUGCUUUUCAUCUGUUUCCUGUUGUUUUUGUUACUUGACUGUUUAUUUUGCUUGAUUACUAGGUUUAAACAUGACCUCUGUACAUGAUUAAUUGUUUAAAUUACUGGUAUUUACUUACUGAGAAUCCACUGAAAAAACCCAAAUAGAUAAACUAGAUCAA